GCGUAUCACAGGUCUUGGCCGCCACGCCGUGUGCAGCCAGACAACCGCUAUCGGCUUGUGAUUGCGGCCAGUGAAUGGAACAAAUAGCACAGGGUGCGCCUUUGUCCAACAACAAGGGCAUUGAAGAGUACCCAGGAUUUGCUUCGUGCAGAUUCGCCCACAAAUACUUUUUCGUCCGAUUUCCCGCCAAGCCCUGAUCGUCAUCCUGGCAUUGAGACAAAGGUGAAACAAAGCUCUCGCCUCAGCAAAAAGCAAGCGCCACCUAAUCACAAAGCGAUCUAGAUCGCCUUUUUGACCUUUUCACUCCUAAAUAACCUUUAAGAGCUUCGCCGCGCCAUUCUCCGCGCGGGCGCCGAUUGUGAAUUCGCACCACCCCCACCUCGAGCUCCAAAUACAACCGCAAACGCCGUAUCAUUCACAUUUCACCGGCAUUAACAGUGAACAUCGUCAUCCACAAAAAUGGACGGCAAAUCUGUCUCCUCCCGUUUGCGUGAGCUCGUCAAAUUCCUCGCCACAGUGCAAGGUGACCUCUCCAAUGUCACAGGGCCACCGUCACUGCUGGCCCCGUCGUCGGUCGUCGAGGCUGGGCAGUGCUGGGCGGAGCGGCCGGCCGUGUUCGCCGCGCCGGCGCUCGAGCCCGACGUCGAGAAGCGCUCCCUGCUCGUGCUCAAGUGGUUCCUGACGUCGCUGCGGAGCCAGCUCUACGUGGCCGGCGCGCCGGGCAUCAGCAUCCGCAAGCCGCUCAACGCCUUCCUCGGCGAGCUGUUCCUAGCCUCGUGGACCGACGCCGAGGCCAAGGCGUCGACCAGCAUCGUGGCCGAGCAGGUCAGCCACCACCCGCCCAUCACGGCCAUGCACGUGGCCGACAAGGGCAACGGCAUCCGCGCCGACGGCUACGCCCGCGUCGAGAUGACCUUCAACGGCAGCGUCAACAUCCGCCAGGUCGGCCACGCUGUGCUGCACAUCGACCGCUACGACGAGGACUACCUGGUCCCCCUGCCCGACGUCAAGGUUCGUGGCUUCCUCUCGGGUUGCAUGUACCCCGAGAUCACGGGCACCUACACCAUCGCGGCGAGCUCGGGCUUCGUCGCCGAGGUGCGCUUCUCGGGCGAGGGCCUGAUCCGCGGCAAGCGCAACGCCUUCGAGGCGCGCGUGUUCCGCAAGGACGACGCUGCUAAGCGCAGCAUCUACGAGGUGUCGGGCAUAUGGAGCGACGGGUGGACGGCCAAGGACGCGCGCACGGGCGAAGUGAUGGAGAAGUACGUCGUCGACGCGCCCGAGAACGCCACCGCGCCCAUGUCCGUCGACCCCGUCGACGCGCAGGACCCCUGGGAGUCGCGCCGCGCCUGGGGCGGCGUGCUCAGCGGCAUGGCCGCCGGCGACAUGCGCACCGUGCUGGCCGAGAAGACGCGCAUCGAGCAGGCCCAGCGGCAGAUGCGGGCCUGCGAGGCCGCCACGGGACAUGUCUGGCGCCCGCUGCUGUUCCGCAGCCUCGCCCCCGAAGACCACGCCGUGUUCCAUACUCUAAGCGAGGGCAUUCCGGUGCAGCUCAACUCGGACAAGACGAAUGGCGUGUGGCGCAUUGAAGACGGGUGUGUCGACAGCGUGCAGCGGCCGUUUAGGGGCGAGCUGACGCCGCUCGGUUGAGUGUGAAGGGGGGCUUUUUUUUCUGUCUAUCAUUUAGGUUUGCCCAUUUGAUCAUUUAGCAAGGCGUUGGAGGUCUGGACAUUUACCACCGCUAGAUUAGACCACGGUUGCAUGACUCGGCGUCAUCACUAGCAUUGCAUAUUGCAUAUUUGCAUUUUAUAUUGCAUUAAUUAGCAAAAAAUAGUGCAAAUUAAUGAACCUGGAGCUAUCUUGUCAUCGCCUCGGGGAACUCGACCUCGCUAGCUAC